AUGCACAAGCUGAAGACUUCUCAGAAGGACAAAGUUCGGCAAUUUACUGCCUGCACGCAAACUAGUGAGAAGGUUGCCAUUAUCUGCUUGGGUCUCCACGAUUGGAAGCUAGAUGUGGCCGUGGAUAAUUAUUUUCAAGAUCCCGAUCGCUACAACACGGACCAUUCACGGCCCCCGACUGUUGACAAACGGAAGCUUGAUGCCCUGUGGAUUAGAUAUAAAGAUCCAUAUGAAACGGAUAAAAUGAUGGCAGAUGGUGUAUGCCGUUUCCUUGAAGAUCUUGGUUUAAAUCCUGAAUCAAGGACUGUAUUGAUAAUAGCCUGGAAAUUCAAAGCUGAAACACAAUGUGAAUUCACUCGUGAAGAAUUUUACCAGGGAAUGACUGAAUUAGGAUGUGAUACAGCUGAUAAACUCCGUGAUAAAUGUCCAUCAUUGGAACAGAUAAUCCGCGACAAUGCAAAGUUCAAAGAGUUCUACCAGUUUACUUUCAAUUAUGCAAAAAAUCCUGGCCAAAAAGGUUUAGAUUUGGAUAUGGCAUUGGCAUAUUGGAAUAUUGUUUUAGCUGACAAAUUCAAGUUCUUGGACUUGUGGUGCAAAUUUUUACAAGAACACCACAAAAGAUCCAUACCAAAGGACACAUGGAAUCUCUUAUUAGAUUUCUGUAAUAUGAUAAAUGAUGACAUGAGCAAUUAUGAUGAAGAAGGUGCUUGGCCAGUUCUUAUAGAUGACUUUGUGGAGUAUGCACGUCCGUUAAUUCAAGGUUGCCAAAGUACAACUGUAUGA